AUGACAAUCAUGAGCAAUGGUCAACGUAUUUUCAUGACCGGAGCCACUGGCUACAUCGGUUCCGUCAUCACCGAACUUGCCAUUGCAAAAGGCUACGAAGUCCAUGGACUUUCUCGAUCCGACUCCGGAGACGCCAAGCUACUUAAAGCAGGGGAAGUUCCAGAUCGAGGCGAUCUUAACAGUCUCGAUGUUCUCCGUCGCCAAAGUUUCGAAGCAGACAUUGUUCUCCAUCUUGCGACCGCUUACCAUAUAAUCAAUGCCAGCGCAGGCUAUGAUGCCGUUUGGCCGAUUGAUAAGGCGGCAGCUGAAGCUAUUGCGGAUGGGUUGGAGGGUUCCAAUAAACGACUUGUUGUAACUGGUGGUACAUUAUUUGUCUCGCCGGAUCCAGAUGCCCAUUUUCUCGAGCUGGCAGUGAGGAGAAUCAGAAUUAUCGCCAUACGCUUGGCACCAUGGGUAUUCAGAAUAGGGGGAAGUGGAGUCAAAAUAUUCAUGGAUAUCUUAAAGAAGGCAGAAAAAGUGGCGUGUGUAGAUGUAGGAGGCAAAAGAAUCACGACCACCGUUUAUGUUGACGAUGCUGCGAGAAUUCGGUUGCUGGCUGCUCAAAAUGCAAAAUCGGGAGAAGUGGUCAAUGCUAGCUCGGCUACUAAUGUAACUUUCCAUGAAAUGUGGGAAAAUAUGGUCACGGCAUUGAAUCUGCCAUUGAAACAUCUUUCCACGGAGGAUGCCAUUGCUAGCCUGGGUCCGUUCUUGACAAAGUUCAUCUCGGUAGAGAAUAGGGCAACGGGAGCAAAAGCUAGAGAUGUCUUGGGGUGGAAGCCUAGCGGACUCAGUAUAUUAGAGGAGAUUCGUCUAGUCUCUUUACAAAGAUAG